CUACAGUAAACGUAGUAACAUUGAGCGUCUACUCCAAGUCAUCACCACCUACAAGUCCCAUGAAUCACUCUCCAAAAACCGCUCUCCACGUCACAAUAAAUUGUUCCUCCAAUGUUUACGCCUAGGAACUCAUCGUAGGUAUCGCCGGCGUUGCGCAAGUCCCCUUCUCAUCUAUUUAAAACCAAAAGCCCCGUUCGCGGCAGCAGUCGAGUUGUAACUUCCGUACUACAACGAAAUCGUGUCUGAAACCCCUUGUUAAGUGUGUGUACAUUGUGAUUCCAAAAUGUCUGAAGGAAUUAGACGUGACAUCCCCAUCAAACUGGGCGACUUCAGUGUUAUCGAUACCGAAUUCAGCAGUAUUAGAGAACGAUUCGAUGCCGAAAUGCGGAAAAUGGAAGAAGAAAUGAGCAAAUUUCGAUCAGAAUUAAUGAACAGAGAAUCAAAUAACUUCUUCAGAAGCACUACAAGGUCGUACGAAUAUGAGACUGUUUCGGGAGGAAACAAAUCAAAAUCGUCCAGCUCAACGACUCAGUCGUCACACAAUUCUGGUUUAGAUGUAGCGCAAAGACCGAGUGAUGUAAGAACAUGGUAUGAUGAUUUAAAUUCGCCUCUUAUCCAAGAAGAUGGAAAUAACAAAUGUUUAAAAUUACGGUUUGAUGUCAGUCAAUACGCUCCAGAGGAAAUUGUUGUAAAAACUGUCGAUAACAAAUUAUUGGUGCACGCAAAACACGAAGAAAAAACAGAAUCUAAGUCAGUUUAUAGAGAGUACAACCGGGAAUUCCUUCUACCCAAAGGAACCAAUCCGGAGCAGAUCAAGAGCUCUUUGAGCAAAGAUGGCGUUUUGACCGUUGAAGCGCCUUUACCGGCAAUUACAGCCGGGGAAACCUUGAUUCCAAUCCAACACUAAAUUUUGUACACUUAACUCAUGUCCACUGCUUUUUGGUUUAUUUUGCAAUGUUAUUUAUGAAAAUUAGUGCUAACUCAAAUCACUUGUGACGCUUUAAUUCAUUGUUUAGCUGCAACAAGUGUAGUAUAUAAACUUUUGUAAGUUAUUUAUAAACAAUAAAAGUAUUUUCAAAGAU